AUGACACCCGGACUCACGGGAGCAGGUCUGGGCGGAAGUCGUUGCCCUUACCUUGACGGGAUGGCAUGUGGUAACUUAUGGCUCGAGAGGAAGUCACCUGCUCGAGAUCUCUUAUGGGUAGAAUCGUCCAUGCGUGAGCUUCAGAAGCACUCGAAGAGGUCUGAAGGAUCCUUGACGAGCUUCUGGCGACUGGAGCCAGCGAUCCACAGGCCUCGUAUGCAGGACGUUUUCAAUGCCUCUUGGGAUAAGAGUGGGGCAGACCCAGCACUGAGAGUUGGUAGGAGUUCGGAUAAAGCUGCAAUCGACCCAUAUUACCUGCGCGACAUGGUAUUUUCGCUCCCUGGCUCUGUUGUCGACAGUGCGCUUGUAGCAGAUUUCGAUUAUGUUCAUACGGCCACUAGCCUGGGUCGGUUGACCGAGGGUUGUAGUUGCAGAUUAUGUGUCGCCGUUGACGCUGUAAUCAGGCCACUGUUUGCUCGGAAUGUUGCCGUUGGGGACAUUGGGAAUCUUAUCGUCUCGGCAAUAGUUUCAGUCGACUUGAGCUUGGAUGCGAGAGCCGCUGCAAGCGUGAAGGGUGUACCAGUCUCCAACAGGUAUAUUACGUUUGUUCCGGCGCUCCCAAGUCAGGUUGGCCAUCCGGUGAUCGAGGGAAAUGUGUUCUCCAAAGGAGACGGUGUUGGUCAGGUCCAAAGUGCCGAAAUGGCAAAGAUAUUCCAGGCUUUCGAGGCCAGAGGAAUUAUGCGAAAUACUUGUGUGUACAGUCUGAGUUGCGCUAUUGACUUUUUCGUCUAUGGCGGAGCAUACGGCGGGGUAUGGUCAAUGCAAGACACUCAGUUUCUGUACGACUACGCGAUCGGAAGUCGGCCUGACUGCGAUGCAGAGCUGCAGGCGAUCAGAAACCGUUGUGUGAAAGUGGCGAGCGGUGCUGUUCACAAAUAUGUGGGCGACGGGGUGACUCUGAAGUUUGCCAACUAUGUGCAAAUCAAGUUUAAGAUGAAAACCGAAGAAGCUGCUCGCAGCGCUGGGAAGAAGGCACCGGGGUAUGUUGUAUGGGACGACCUCAAAGCCAUGUGCGCGUUCCGUUGCACCGACGGCGUUUUCGCGAGUGGGCUUUACGACAGUCGAGGCGACGUCACUUCAGUUCUCAUUCUGGGAGCGCUGGUGGCGGUGCAUGACUUCAUUGACCUUGGGUAUGACAUGGCAUCUGGAGAAAUAGGCAAUAUAAUGUCAAACGCUCGUCAUCGUGUUAUGGAAAAUGCUGUUGCUGUCCCCGAAAACCUGGGGUUCAAAGUAGGGUGGAGGUUCAAGGGGACCCUCCCUGGGUAUAGCGACCUCGUGGACGACUCAAGGUUCACACAGCAUACGCCCGAGUGA